AUGAAACGUUGUUUGGGUACAACGGCAAAGGGCGAACGGUGCAAAAUAGUGCUGAAACACGAAGCAUACUGCAAAUACCAUAGAAACCAACAAGCUGGGCCAAAUGGCAAAGCUGGAUACGUGUACAUAUUCACCCUGAAGCAUCUAAUUGAAUUCUCACCCAAGAAACAGACAUGGCUACGACAGGCAGAUCCCAAUUCCGAAAAUCAGAUCAAUUUUGCACAGACGUCGGCCUUUGAUCCAAAACGACAUAUUCUGAUCAAGGUGGGUUAUACAACGCAACGGGUCAGGCGACGGCUCAGUCAGUGGAGAGAACGGUGCAAACAAGAUUUCCAGCUCAUAACUCCAGAGACUAUUGAUAGAGUGGUAUCGUCGAACAGAGACAAAUUGGCGGAUUUGAUGGAGAGGCUCAAAAGCUUGUCGCUACGCAGCUACAAAAAGUACGAUUACAAUGAACAAGCAUUCAAAGCGUCAAAUGCAUUUAGAUCUGAACAGCUAGUGCAUGCGCAGCUAGGAAGUUUAUUUGGCAGUGGGAGAUUAUACUGUGAUGGAUGCAAAACGGCCAACUCUGGGGUGCACAAAGAGUGGUUUCUUGUUCCGCGAAAAGACGUGCGAAAUAUCAUGAGGAUGAUAGAUCGACUGGUGGAAUAA